AUGUCGCCUGAAGUUUUUUCGCCAUUGCCUAACCGUAUGUUUGCUGCCAGACACGAGCCGGUUGGGAUUCGAGUGACCGCGUAUCACCCAACUAAUGGGAUUCGUGUUAUCCUUAAUGCUUUGGAGGAAGACGAAGUGGAGUAUCUCCGGAACACGAGUUUCGGCAAAUUCCUUACCAUAGUCGAGAAGCCGUCUUUUUUAUGGGAGAUUCGGUAG